AAAAAGAAAAUCUUAGAAUGUGUGUUUAGGGACACUUGAGAUCCCACAACCCAAAACCAUCACCUUCCUCUUCCACCCUCCUCCCUCUCUAUAUAUACCCACUCUCCCCCACCUUUUCUCUUCACACAAACAGAAAUCCCUCAAAAACUAACACCCACACAAAGAGACUCACACACCUUCCCCCUCUCCUUCCUCCUCUCCUCCCUCACACAAACAUCACCCCCACCAUUUUUCCAGAGAUCACAAAACAAAGCAAACCCAUCUCCGCCGCCAUGCCAGAAGCUCCAAAAAACAACUCAACCAGCACCCAAACCACCAAUGGCCUCACCACCGCCAUUGCCGAAAAGAACAAACGAACCCUCCAGUUCAUCGAGGACGUCACCUCCCACCCCGACGACGCCCAGUCCAAAGUCCUCCACGAAAUCCUCUCCCGCAACUCCGCCGUCGAGUACCUCCACCACCGCCACCGCCUCCACGGCGCCACCGACCGCCGCACCUUCAAGAAACUCCUCCCCGUCAUCUCCUACGAGGACAUCCACCCUGACAUCACCCGCAUCGCCAAUGGCGACACCUCCCCAAUCCUCUGCUCCUCACCCAUCUCCGAAUUCCUCACCAGCUCUGGCACUUCAGCAGGGGAGAGGAAAUUAAUGCCGACGAUUGCAGAGGAAAUGGAGAGGAGAUCGCUCCUCUACUCCUUAUUAAUGCCGGUGAUGUCCCAAUUCGUCCCGGGCCUCGAAAAGGGGAAAGGGAUGUACUUCCUCUUCAUCAAAUCGGAAUCCAAAACCCCCGGCGGGUUACCCGCCCGACCCGUUUUAACCAGCUACUACAAAAGCUCCCACUUCAAGAACCGGCCCUUCGACCCGUACACCAACUACACGAGCCCGAACGAGACCAUCCUCUGCCCCGAUUCCUACCAAUCCAUGUACUCCCAGCUCCUCUGCGGCCUCUGCCAGCGGACCCAGGUCCUCCGGGUCGGAGCCGUUUUCGCAUCGGGUUUCAUCCGGGCGAUCCGGUUCCUCGAAAAGCACUGGCAGCUCCUCUGCCGCGACAUCCGGUCGGGUACCCUCGACCCGACCGUCAUAACCGACCCGGCCGUGAGAGAGGCAGUCUUAACCAAGGUCUUGAAAAGACCAGAUCCGGAGCUCGCGGGUUUCAUUGAAUCCGAAUGCGGGAAGGAUUCGUGGCAGGGGAUUAUAACCCGGCUCUGGCCCAAUACCAAAUAUGUGGAUGUGAUUGUCACGGGGACAAUGUCGCAGUACAUUCCCACUCUGGAUUUCUACAGCAAUGGGUUGCCGCUGGUUUGCACCAUGUAUGCUUCUUCCGAAUGCUACUUCGGUGUCAAUCUCAACCCGCUCUGUAAACCCAGUGAGGUCGCUUACACGUUAAUCCCCACCAUGGCCUACUUCGAGUUCCUCCCCGUACACCGUAACAACAACAAUGGGGUGUCCAAUUCCAUCUCCAUGCCCAAAUCGCUCAACGAGAAGGAGCGACAGGAGCUCGUCGACCUCGCCGAUGUCAAGCUCGGGCACGAGUACGAACUCGUGGUCACCACUUAUGCUGGACUGUACAGGUACAGAGUGGGGGAUGUGUUGCGGGUGGCAGGGUUCAAGAACAGGGCUCCCCAAUUCAACUUCAUAUGCAGGAAGAACGUGGUGCUGAGCAUCGAUUCGGACAAGACCGACGAGGUGGAGCUGCAGGGCGCGGUGAAGAACGCGGUCGACGCGCACCUGGUGGCGUUCGGAGGGAGCGUGGCGGAAUACACGAGCUACGCAGACACGAAGACGACGAUUCCGGGGCACUACGUUCUGUACUGGGAGCUGAGCGUGAAGGGGACGACGGCGAUUCCGCCGUCGGUGUACGAGGAUUGCUGCCUGACCGUGGAGGAGUCGCUGAACAGCGUGUACAGGCAGGGGAGGGUUUCGGACAAGUCGAUCGGCCCGCUGGAGAUCAAGAUUGUGGAGCAGGGGACGUUCGAUAAGCUGAUGGAUUACGCGAUCAGCUUGGGGGCGUCGAUUAAUCAGUACAAGACGCCGAGGUGCGUGAAGUUCGAGCCGAUCGUCGAGCUGCUGAAUUCGAGGGUGGAGGGUAGUUACUUCAGCCCCAAGUGUCCCAAAUGGGUUCCUGGCCACAAGCAGUGGAGCAAUAAUGUGAAGAACUAGAUUUGGUGCUCUGUUUUUUUUUUUUUUUUUUGCUUUUUUGUUUAGUGGAAGAAGGAAGAAAAGUAGGUUCUCUUUUGGAGAGAAAGGUCUGUCAUGAUUGUUGUUUAUGACCGGAGGUGCAUGGUGGUCUUACUCGUCGGCGGUGGUGGGGAAGGAUGAAGGAAUGUUGUUGGUUGCAGGAGCCUUAGUGCCUUACUCUGUCUCUGUUUCUUGUUAGGUUAAUGAUGAUUUAACCCUCUUUUUUUUCUUUUCUGGCUUACUGUUAGUUUAUGUACUUUGUUUUUUUUUGGGGUAAUUGAAUCUGUUGGGACAGAGAGAGAUCUUUGAACUAGCAAUGUACAAAAGGCAAAACCAGUUCCCUGUUUCAACAAGGGCCUUCUUGUUUUGGAAUUAUGGUAGCAUAUCAGAAAUGAGGACGAUUCGACUAGGUUAAUAUCGUCAAAUGUUUAGUUUCACUAUAUUCAUCAUAGGAAAAAUUGAAAAAAAAAAUGAUAGCACAAAGGGUUUCCAGAGUGAAAAGUAUGCUCCAACACUUAUUCGAGUUUAGCCUUAAAAACUCUGAAUAAUAUCAGAAAUCACCUCCUAUAUCAUCGUUUGGGAAAGGGUCUUCAUCAGACAGUUCCAAAGGUUUCCCAUAAUACGGGAUAAAUAUUAAAUGAUACUCCUCUCAAGUACAUUUGUGUUUUGUAAAUAAUGUAAUCAGUAAAUGAUUAAUAAAUUUCAAUUGUAUAAGAUCGUGCAACUGAAAAUGUCGCGCUUAACAUGUGUAGUACAACUAAUGAACUUUCUUUCUUUUUAUCUGUUGCUUCUGUACCAUUUCUUCCCCAUACACUAUAGAUAAGGAUCAACGCUAGAAGCAUGGUGAAAACCGAGACAAAAUUCAUGCUCGACACCUACAAAAGAUUCAUAUAUUUGGCCAUAACUCAACUCAACUCGUUUUAGCAGAUGAACUUGUGAAACUGUUGUAACCGACAUUUAACGUUCUUCUUCGUAUUAUAAUGUAGUACAGGUGCUGCAAUUUCUGAGAAAAAAAUAAAAUUUUCCUGUUGUGGAUAUUGAUGCACUGUGUAGUUUCAUGGGGAUUAGAUUCAGAAAUCCAGGCAGGAAUCCUUGGCCACUUUACAAGCCAGCCAAAACCCACUUUGUACUCCCCCAAAUUUUACUCUCUUUUUCUUCUAUAUCGGUCAACCAGAACCUUUGCCGACUGAAUCCGCGAAGGAAAUGGCUGAUCCGAUCAGCCGAAUCCUAUUGUCGCAGGAGCAAGAUCAAGCCGACGCCAUUAGAGAUGACAAUUUCGACCUGAUCCGUUUUACUUGACCUGUUUGGCAUGUUUUGGGGCGGGUCCGACCCGUCCCAUAGGCGGGGCGGGGCGGGCAUGGGUUCUUUCAUCGACCUGACCUGCCCCGACCCUCUCCAUUCUCGACCCGUUCUUGCCUAAAUUACAGGUAAUCUUAGUCAAAUUACUCAGGAUUUUUCUUUAGUUACAAAAUAUUUUAGCUAUAAUAAACUUUUUAAUUAGUG